AUGUUGUACAGAAUUAUCUCUGGACUUAGUAAGAUACAUGAAAAAAAUCUUAUUCAUUGUGAUUUUCAUGAUGGUAAUAUUUUAAAUCAUAAUGAUAGGAAUAAGGAUAAAUUUUAUAUUAGUGAUUUAGGAUUAUGUCAACCUGUAAAAUCGUUUUUGAAAAAGUAUGAUAUUUAUGGUGUUAUACCAUUUAUGGCUCCUGAAGUUUUAAGAGGCAAGUCUUAUACUCCAACUAGUGAUAUAUAUAGUUUUUCUAUGAUUAUGUGGGAGUUUACAUCUGGAAUACCACCAUUUAAUAAUAGAGCACAUGAUAUUCAUCUUAGUUUAAGUAUUUGUAAAGGUGAACGUCCUGAAAUUAUUGAAAUUACUCCACAAUGUUAUGUAGAUUUAAUGAAAAAAUGUUGGAAUGAAAAUCCAUUAAAAAGGCCAUCUUCUAAAGAAGUAUUAGAAAUUAUUAAAAAAUGGAUUUUCCGUCCUAAAGAUUAUGAAAUUAAUGAAGAAUUAAAAAGCAACAUUAUGGAAUUUAUAAAUGCACCAAUUGGGCAUAGCGAUCUUGCUACUAAAUCUCAUCCUAAAGCAUGUUUUACAAGUCGCUUACUUGAUUUUACUAGUAAAAAAUUGAAUGAAAUUCUUGAAAGUGAAAAUUCACAAGCUAGUGUAAAAGCAAAUGAAAUGCUAGUAAAUGAGAGUACUAGUAAAAAGUCGAAUGAAAUUUCUGAAAAUGAAGAUUCACAAGCUAGUGUAAAAGCAAAUGAAAUACUAGUAAGUGAAGAUUUGAAUGAUUAUAUAAUUAAGGGUCUGGGGUCAUUAGAUAUUAAAGCAGAUGAAAAUUAACCAAUCAUUGUUUGCUUUUAAAAAAAUUUAUAAUUUUUUUUAAGUGAUAUUUGAUAUUGCAAUAUUCAAAAGAAAUUGUUUUUUA